AGACCGCAAACAUGGCCACGGACCCAGACAGGGAAAACGGUGCCGAAGUCAACCAAGGCAACGACCUACCCGUGGGAGCAGGCAAGCCAAACGUGGGGGCCGCCCUUCGCUCUGUGUUCCGACGGCGGACGCUCAGUGGAAGGCCGUUUUCCACGACCGCGUCCAGCCGCGAUCUUUGGAUCUGCAGGGCAUCAAGAUGACGAGGCUGCAGAAGAAAACGCUGCAGCAGGAGAAGAUGGAAAGGAGGACCCCGCCGGAUAGCCUGUCCCAAGAUUGGUUCAACACCGAGUCCAUGACUCUGGAAACCCGGGCGUAUCUUCUCGAUAAGCUUCUGCCCACUUUGGUGCCCGCCGUGGAGAAGCUGCUAAAGGUGGCAGAACGGAAGCAGGCGCUGGAGCCCAAGGAGUCCGAACCCUGCCCCUUUAACCCCAUGAUCUUCCUGGGCGAAUACCUGAUGAGGCAUAACCCUACCUACGAUCUGAGCGCCAAGCCCAACCCCUACGUGCGAGGGCUGAAGGCCAUCACGGAUCAGCUGAAGACACGCGUGCCCGACACGACGCUGCAUAAACUCGCUCAGAUGAAGGACUUGGUGGAAGAAAAACGCCAUCAUAGGGAAGACGUGGAGAACAUCAAAGCUCAAGUCAACCAACUGCGCGAGCAGGCCUUAGCCGUGCAGUUCCACGAAUGGACCCUGGAUGCCAGACAGCUACCGCUGGCGCUGAUCCAAAGUGCCUUGCAAUCCUUCCUGGAGGUUGUCAGCAAAAUGCCUCAGUUCAAGGACGCAGACAUCUACGCCAGGCCGCUGGAAGCCGUGGCACCACUGGACUUGAAGGUGAACGAAGAGGAAUUCACAGAGUAUCUCCUUUCUUACGUCAAAAAUUUCACCAGUGACCUGUUCCAGGAGCUGCUGAAGCAUUUGCUCCAAUGUUCUCACGAUGCCCGGAACGCCAUCCGGCAUGACAUCUGGAGGCAGAUGUUUGUCCAGCUGUUCUUCGAUUGUGAAUACGGGCAGAUGGGACUCUUGGACAGGCUGAAGGUUUUGUCCAUCCUGCAGAAGUUCUACCAAUGCAGUUCGGACCUCGCCAAGGAGAUUUAUUGCAACCCAAAAAAAUGUAAGCAGACCUCACGGAGUUUUUGGGGUGACCUGGAACCUGACGAUGAAGAGGAACCCCCAGAGGACGUACCCAGCCCUGAGCGUACAUUAUCUGAGGAAGCCACCUUCCUCGUCACGGUCCUGAAAGACAUCCUUUCGGAUGAGAAAAUAGCCCUCGGCACCAAUGGAGAACCAGUGGUCAACGAGGUAGAAGAAGCUGGGUUGGAGAAGCAGGUCAGCCUAACAGAAGCUGGGACUCAAGACGUUCUUACAACGGCCACCCAAGACCAAGCAGAAGAACCUCAAGCGGAAAUGCCAGCGGCUGAGCUGGAACCCCAAGGAGCAGAGGCUCCAGAGGAGGCCCUUCCAGAAGCCAUCACGGAACCCACCUCUGAAGAAGUGGAGAGACCUGCUGGGAAGAAGCUGCUCCAGAAGACCAUCGGGACACACACCCUUCAGGCCAUUUUGGAAGGAGAAGAAGCAGCUGAGGAAAUCAGGCCACAAGUGGAUGUCCUGGCUUCGCCCUCCCAGCCCAAAAUCUCCCUUGGUGGAGAAGGACCUUGCUACAAAGGGAACGGAGGCAGAAGAGGCAGGUGGGCAGGAAAAGCCGGAAGAAAUAACAGAACCUGGAACGGAGGCAGAAGAGGCAGGUGGGCAGGAAAAGCCGGAAGAGAAAGCAGAACCUGGAACGGAGGCAGGAGAGGCAGGUGGACAGGAAAAGCCAAAAGAGAAAGCAGAGCCAGAUGUCCAAAGACCAUCUGGCCCGAAGGACCAGCUGCUGAAGGAAGAGAUAAGCCACCAGGAACCGUAGUUACAAAAGUGCCCUCGGUGGCCCCCGGCCAACCCAGCCUUCAUUGGCCCCCCGGCCAAGCCAGCUUGGAGAGGACCCAAGGACCGCAGCGUAUCUACGGGGAGGUCUGGUCAGGCGACUUUCAGACGGCAGACCUGACCUUCAAGUACGCGGAUUACGGCAAGGAGAUCCGGCAGGACUGGAACAAAGAGGACUCCAGGUUUUCAGACCUGCGCCUGGGCAUGCUGGAAAUCCAGGCCCGGGGCCCCCCGGCCACCCUCAGCCCCUUUGAGAAGAGCUCCCUCAACCUGCCCCAGUUCGUCCAGCUGAUGGAGACCUUCGUCAGCGACGGCGCGUCUCUGCCGAGGCUGAAGAAGCUCGUGGAGUUCGUGAAGAGGGGAUACCUGCUGACGGAGGCUCAGAAGUUCAGCCAGCUGGAGAAAGUUCAUCAGUCGUCCAUGUUGGUCCGGCGGCAGCUUCUCGUCGCAUCCCUGUUUGAGAAGUGGGACAACGAAUCCUCGGGGUUCAUAGAGAUGAGCGAGGUGGACUCCGUCCUCAGCACCUUUAAGGAGGGCAUGGAAGAAGAGGCCCUGACCAAGGCUAAGAUGCAGCUUCCCUUCCCCACCUGGCACCCCAGCGGGAUCGUGAAGUUAACGCAGAAAGACUUCCAAAUCUACAUCGAGCUGGUGAUGUCCGAGCUCACCGGAAGCGAAGAAGAGGUGUUGGACAACGUUGUGGAGUUCCUGAUGAUGGCCGUGGGGCGCACCCACCUGGAACGGUUGCGAGGGAACGCGCGGCGCAAGUGGCUGCUCCGGAUCGAACACACGGCCAUGACCAGCGGAGGGCGCAUGGAGCCCAUCUACCAAGAGGUCUUCAAGGCUCUCUCCAGGGACACCGAUGCCCAUGGAGACAAGAAGAAAGUCAGCGCCUAUCUCGCCUUUCUGGAAUACAACGUCAUUGCCCCUGAACGAGGAGACAUUCUCCUCCGCUAUGUGGCUUGCACGGAAGACGACGCCCCUUAUCUCCUCAACCAGAUCCUUUUCACGGAUAUGCCGGGAGUCAGCUUUGCAGCCGUCUUGGACGACAAGCCCAUCCACGUCCCCCGAGUUCAGCUGCAUGGAAAUAUCCACUUCUGGAACCCAGAUCGCCCCAAAGAUGAGCAAAGGGGCUCCUUCCUGGUGCUGCCCCUGGAAGAUGUCCAGAGAAGAGUCUUUGGCAUCCUCGGGCUGGACACCCUCCAGGACAAGAAUGAAAAAACCAUCUUCGUCCCCCAUGAGAUCCAUUACUAUCAGGGGCUCGCACACUCCUUCAGCAAAGCCUACCAUUACAUCCGCACCCAGCAAAGUCUGCUGCAGAUUAUCGUGGCCGGGGUGCAGUGGCUCUCGGGCCGUGCCCCGGGCCUUCAAAGCAUCACUGCCUACUUCAUGGAACCUGGAGAGACCCGGAUGCACGACUACACCUUGCGCAAAGUCUUGGAUUCAGAUUUGAAAGGGGAGGUGAAAGUCAAUGCCCCACCAGCCCCGACACUCACCAGGAAAGAAGACGCCUUCAAAGAUUACCUGUUCAAGAGCGUAGACUGCGCUCUGGUGGUGACCCAACGGCUCUACGGGGAAAACCACCUUGCGGUGCCCCUGAGGAACACAACCGGGGAAGCUAUCAUGGUGCUGGAUCUCAACCUUGGACCCAGGCAACAGCUGUCCCCUUGCGCGCACAAGGACCUGCAGAAGAUGCUGAAGAUAGCGCAAGCCGCCACGCACGAGAUCCUGAAAGAGGAUUCCGGAGAUCUGGAACCAUAUUAUGUCUUGGAGGCUGAAUAUGUUGGGGACUGGCGGCGCGGAGGGGUCCUCUUCUACCGCUUCAUGCUGCAGGACCUGCAAAACUGCAUCUGGAACCUUGACCCCUGGACCUCCUUUGGCGACAUCCGAUCCUUGGAGAAGCCUCCGGCUCUCGUCCACAUCAUCUUGAAAUGCGUGGUGCUUAUUUUAUACCCACAGUGGGCCGGCACAGCAGAGGUGGAGCAUUGGAGCACCUGCCUACAGAAACUUGACGGAGAACUUAUUGAAAACAUUUGCUACUUCGACCCCACGGCUUCUUACGUGGAUGUCCGGCCGGAGGUUCUCUACAGCUGCCUGCAAGGUGCACGUCGGAAAGCGGUCUGGAGGUUCGGCUCGGCUCCGUUAGAGUACCUUUACAACUGGGCGCGCGCCUGCCUGUCCUUGAUCGAAAUGGCCAAGAAGCUUCAGCAUCGCGACAGCCUGACCGAAUUGACUUCGGCCCUUUUAACGCCCACGCUGUCUCAGUCCAUCCGGUCGUCGCAGAUUUCGACUCUCCGCUCCACCUCUUUUUGCUACCCGCUCAAUCCAAGCUGGGGCCCAAGUUCGUAGCCUUCGUUCAACGUUGCAGCGCCUCAUUUCCCAGGCGGGAGUUAUAGUUCUCGCCUGUAAUUCCGAAACCUUUCGAUAGGGGGGGCGAGAGAGAGAGAAAAUCGGGGUACAAAGCAGGGAAGUGCCAAACCAGCUGGGUUCUUGCAACCCACAAAGUGGGGGGGGGCUUCACAAAAGAUUUGCAAAUAAGCGCCUUGUUUCCCAGGCGGGAGUUAUAGUUCUCGCCAGUAAUUCCGAAACAUUUCGAUGGGGGGGGGAGAGAGAAAAUCGGGGUACAAAGCAGGGAAGUUGGGUUCUUGCAACCCCCAAAGUUCAGAGUUAAAAGUGGGGGAGGGGCGCUUCACAAAAGAUUGGCAAACAAGCGCCUUGUUUCCCAGGCGGGAGUUAUAGUUCUCGCCUGUAAUUCCGAAACCUUUCGAUAGGGGGCGAAAGAGAGAGAGAGAGAGAAAAAAAAUUGGGGUACAAAGUUCAAAACCAGCCAGUUUCUUGCAACCCACGCAAUUAAAAGGGGCGGGGGGAGCUUCACAAAAGAUUUCCACCCUGUAGCAUCUUUUGAGGAAUUAUUCCAAUAGAAUAAAGAGGGGGAAAAAAGGGGGUGCCUUGCCCUUCCUCCCCGACUCAUUCACCGCCCCCCCCCGGCCAAGAAAUAACAAGUUUUCCCAUUGGCUGUUUGCCGGAGAUGACAACACCGUUCCCCGCUAUCUUCGGAAGCAUCGUUUUUAAUAAAAUUUGGGGGAAAUUAAAA